AACAUACUGUACAGUAUCAAAGUGUCCAAAUAACGAAUUUCAAAGACAUCUCAUAAAAUAAAAAAACGUAUGACAACCGAGACUCAUAAUAUUACAUGCAUAUAUUUAUAAUCGUGCUUUUCUUUUUGGUGUCUGUGUACAACUUAUUAAAAGCGAUGCUGAACAAAUUAAUAAUAAUUAAUCAGACUUUUAGGAAAUAUUGUUUUUUUCAAUGCGCAUGAUGCUGCGCCCUGUUGCUCACUCACAGUUCUUGCUUCCAAAUAAUAAUAACGCCUCCAAAAUCAUAACAAUAAAUAACAAUUUAACAAGCAAAAAAAAAUCCAGAAUAAAGCGCAAAACUCAACACACGCGCACACAAAUACCGACUGACUCCUUCGCUGAGGAGAAGAAAACGCGCGGUGUUCGGCGCGAGCGCAAGAGGAAGAGAUGCAAGAGGCGGGAGGAAAGAGGAGGGGGAGCGCCGUGAUGGAGCACCAAGCAGACCAAUAGGGCUCGGGGUGGGCGGGGUCUGCGCAGCUCUCAGCGCUCCCGCACGGGCCGCUUAAAGUUUGUUUGUUCUCCGCGCGCAGAGUCGUGAUGAAAACGUGUUAGUCAUCCCGCUCGGCGAUAAUCAGACGGGUCUGAUUCGGGGAGAUCCCACACGAGCCCCAUCUUUGAGGCCAUUAGGCGCCAAACUGACUUAACCGAUAUACUUUUUUUAGUCCCCCUCCAGUUUGUCUCUUGCUUUCUUACUCGUUCCCUCUUGCUUUCUCUCUGGCCCUGAGGAACAAACGACGGCGGUGAAGUUUUGCCAUCACAAACGGAGAUCGCUUUUCUUUCUUUUUUUUUCUUUUUUUUGAGAAACGAGGAGAGCCCGAAAACACACUCCAAAGAGUCAGUGUGUGUUUGUGUGUGGAGGACAACAACAACGAAAAACGAAAAAAAAAACGACUCUAAAAAAAAAAUACAGCGCGGAUGUUUGACCGCAUCCUAUCGGACACUUUGCGUGAACUGAAACUGAUCCCGGCGAUGACCGUCUGAAAGAGACACUACAGCACAGACACAGAAGACGCCGCAGGGUCACGUCACGCGUGGGUACGGCAUGGACAUUGCUGUGGUGUCCGAGAGAAGUUGAUAGCCACCAGCGGCCACCCGGUUCGCGCAGAAGGGUUAAAGCGAUCAAGCGAGGGCGAGGGGAGCUGGGAAACCCAGCCUCAUUGGGUGGGAGAGCCGGAGAGACAGGAGUCCCCAGCAAAUCAGCGGCUAAUUGAUUAAAGAGACUUCAUUUGUGUGUGAGAGAGAGAGAAGGAGAGAGAGCAAGAGGAGGAGGGGGUGUUGGAAGAAGAAGAGGAGGAGGAGGACAUCAGCAGAAGGAGGAGGAGGAAGAGAGGGGGGAGGAGGAGGAGGAGGAGGUGGUGGCUGGCGAGGUGCCAAUCGCCUUUCAAAGAACCCGUAUGAUUAAUCGCGAGGCAUUAUUGAUAAUCAUAACGGGAUACACGCGCGGUGGAUGGGCUCGAGCGCCCUGAUUUCGGGACGUUUCUCGGCGACUUUUUUCCUUUCCCCCCCGUCGCUCUCUCGUGGCUGAGACGCGAGGCCAGCAUGUCGCGGAGGAAGCAGGCGAAGCCGCAGCAUUUCCAGUCCGAGCCGCAGCUGCCCGGCACGGAGCACAAUGGGGACACAGAACCUGGCUUGGACGACCCCCCUUGCAAGGACUCGGGUGCCCAUGUCUGUGGCAGAUGCUGUGCUGAGUUCUUUGAACUGUCGGAUCUUGAACAACACCAGAAGAAUUGCACUAAGAAUCAAUUAGUUCUGAUCGUGAAUGAGAAUCCUGCGUCUCCUUCCGGAACUUUUUCUCCAGGCUCAUCUCCCCAUAAUCCUGAUGAGCAGGUGAAUGACAUGACUAAUAACGCAGACCAAGUCGAGUGUGCUGAUCUUUUAGACCAUAACUCACUGGAUAAAGAGGAAGCCAUGGAUGUGGACGUGUCGGCGAUCUCUGCUGCCCACGAUGACGGAAAUAGACCCAUGGAGAGAAGCAGCCCCAUUAAUGGCAGCAGCGAAGGAGUCCAUGGCGAUAGGGGCAGUACUCGACCCAAUCUGGGCAGCUCUGCUAUCUCAGCCUCACUACCUCAGCUUGGCAAUCUUUCAGAGCUGGGAAACUUCUCUGUGAUGAACAGCAAUGUUAUCAUUGAAAAUCUCCAGAGCACCAAAGUGGCAGUGGCCCAGUUCUCUCAGGAGACAAGAUCAUCAGGAGGCAAGAGGGUUGCAGUACCUGCUCUUAUGGAGCAACUUCUAGCUCUACAGCAGCAGCAGAUCCACCAGUUGCAGUUAAUAGAGCAGAUUCGUCAUCAGAUCCUUUUGCUAGCAUCCCAGUCUCCUGAGUUACAGGUUCCACCCACUUCCUCCCCUGGGACAGCGGCUUCAUCCACCAGCCCACUAACCACACUCAGCUCCCACCUGUCCCAGCAGUUAGCGGCUGCAGCAGGGCUAGCUCAGAGCCUGGCUAGCCAGUCUGCUAGCAUUAGCAGCCUGAAACAGAUGGCUAGUGCUGUGAAGCUACCUCAAAGCAACUCAAGCAUGGGAGAGUCAUCUCAAAGUCUGGGAGCACUAGGGACAGCCGUGGUCAAUAACCAGGCACCAGAGAAAAGGGCUGGAUAUUCUGGAAGUCUGCAUGCCCAGCUAGGCAACCCAUCCCUAGCAAAGUCAUCUACGCCAGCCUUUGGGAUAGGAAGCCUGCUGAAUCCUGUGGCAAACCCACUUCUACCUCAGCCCCCACCGGGAAACCCAAUGUUCUCCAGUGCUCUUCCAAGUGUUGGAACCACAGUCGAGGAUCUCAACUCACUUGCAGCGUUAGCUCAGCAAAGAAAAGGCAAGUCACCUAACGUGUCUUCCUUUGAGCCCAAGAGCAGCUCAGAGGAAGCGUUCUUCAAGCAUAAAUGCAGGUUUUGUGCCAAGGUGUUUGGGAGUGACAGUGCCUUGCAGAUCCACUUGCGUUCGCAUACAGGAGAGAGGCCGUACAAAUGCAACAUCUGUGGGAACCGCUUUUCAACUCGUGGCAACUUAAAAGUUCACUUCCAGCGUCAUAAAGAGAAGUAUCCUCAUAUUCAGAUGAACCCGUAUCCAGUCCCAGAGCAUUUGGAUAACAUUCCAACCAGCACCGGCAUUCCUUACGGGAUGUCAAUGGCACCAGAGAAGCCAGUCACAAGCUGGUUGGACAGCAAGCCUGUACUGUCCACUUUGAGCUCAUCAGUUGGCAUGUUGCUUCCACCAACUAUGCCAAGCUUGCCACCAUUUAUCAAGAAGGAGGAGAAUCAUUCUGUGUCUGUAACAAGCCCUUCCCACUCUGCAAAGAGUGACUCAGGUCCAGUCGAACCAUCCACAAAAAGCAGUGAUGUUGCCUCAGAAGGCGAUGGUGCAACCUUGCCUACCUCAAAUGGGAAAACUGAAGAAAACUGUCAGUCUUUAAGCUUCACAACAAACACAAUCUCAAUGGGAGAGAGCAAGACAGAAUACACCACCUCUAACAGUCCUCCAAUGGCAACCAAUCCUUUGAUGCCACUGAUGUCAGAGCAGUUUAAGGCUAAAUUCCCAUUUGGAGGCCUUCUAGAUCCUUUGCAAGGCUCAGAAACGUCAAAGUUGCAGCAACUGGUGGAGAACAUUGACAGGAAGGUGACAGAUCCUAAUGAGUGUGUCAUCUGCCAUCGUGUCCUAAGCUGCCAGAGUGCCCUGAAAAUGCACUAUCGCACGCAUACAGGAGAACGGCCAUUCAAAUGCAAAAUUUGCGGCCGUGCCUUCACCACUAAAGGCAACUUGAAGACCCACUACAGUGUCCAUCGUGCCAUGCCACCUCUGAGGGUACAGCACUCUUGCCCUAUCUGCCAGAAGAAGUUCACCAAUGCUGUCGUGCUGCAGCAGCACAUCCGUAUGCACAUGGGUGGCCAGAUCCCCAACACCCCUCUUCCUGAAAGCUAUCCAGAAUCUAUGGGCUCUGACGCUGGCUCAUUUGAAGAGAGAAACUUUGACGAUCUUGACAACUUCUCAGACGACAACAUGGAGGGGCUGGAAGAUGGUCCAGAUAGCAGUGUUCCAGACACACCAAAAUCUGCUGAUGCUUCCCAGGACAGCCUCUGCUCUUCACCUGUGCCACAGGAGCUGUCAAGUCUUGACCACCAGGAUAAGAAUGUCCUGCAGGGGCUGAUAGAGGAAUCGCAGUUGAACAGAGCAAAAGCAACAGAAAAUGGCUCAAUGGAAGGGGAUCGCUUCACAAAUGAUUCGUCCUCACUGGGGGGUGACAUAGAGAGCCAAAGUGCAGGAAGUCCAGCUGUCUCUGAAUCUACCUCCUCCAUGCAAGCUCCAUCACCAUCUAGUGGUGCCCCCCAGCAACACAGAUCCCCAAGUCUGGAAGAGCGUCAACAUAGAGCACCAUCACUGGAGCACAUAAGUGCAGGCCUCAUGCAAACCCAUUCCUCAAGUCUAGGGGCUCUGGACCUAACCUCCAUGAACGCUUCGAGAGACCCACUGGGCAUGCUUUUUCCCUUUCGCGAGCGAGGCACCUCCAAGAACACAUCAUGUGACAUCUGUGGCAAGACAUUUGCCUGUCAGAGUGCCUUGGACAUCCAUUACCGAAGCCAUACCAAAGAAAGGCCAUUCAUUUGCACAGCUUGCAACCGGGGCUUCUCCACCAAGGGCAAUCUGAAGCAACACAUGCUGACCCAUCAGAUGAGGGAUCUGCCUUCCCAGCUUUUUGAGCCUAAUACCAGCCUGGCUUCCAGUCCCACACCUUCCCUUCUCUCUGUCGGAUCCCUGUCCUCCAUGAUCAAGACUGAGAUCAAUGGCUUCCUUCAUGCUCCUCCACACGAUGGAAAAGAUCUUCCCUCAAGCUUGGUGACCUCCUCUGCUUCCACAUCUCCAGUGCUUUCUUCAGCUCCUCCAAGGCGAACUCCCAAGCAGCACUACUGCAACACAUGUGGGAAGAUGUUCUCUUCAUCCAGUGCUCUGCAGAUCCAUGAGAGGACCCACACUGGAGAAAAACCCUUUGCCUGCACCAUCUGCGGACGCGCAUUCACCACCAAAGGAAAUCUCAAGGUUCACAUGGGUACUCACAUGUGGAACAGCGCACCAGCCCGGCGAGGACGCAGGCUUUCUGUAGACGGCCCAAUGGCCUUCCUGGGCACGAACCCAGUCAAGUUCCCCGAGCUCUUUCAGAAGGACUUGUCGGGCAGAGCGGGGAAUGGAGACCCGGCUAGCUUCUGGAACCAGUAUGCUGCUGCCUUCUCCAAUGGCCUGGCCAUGAAGACCAAUGAGAUAUCUGUGAUCCAGAAUGGAGGCUUGCCACCCUCUCUUUCUGGAAGCGUGGGAAAUGGGGGCAGUUCUCCCAUUGGUGGCUUGACAGGCAGCAUCGACAAGCUGCACACCUCCGAGCCCAACGCAGCACUGGCAGGCCUGGAGAAGAUGGCCAACACGGAAAACGGAACUCACUUCCGCUUCACUCGUUUCAUGGAGGACAACAAGGAGAUUGUCACUAACUAGGGGACGAACAGCGCUUCUGUGGUACAUGCUGAUACACACAUAAACACUUGCAGACAUGUACUUACACAUGCACAAGAGAACGAGUGAGAGACAGAGCGAGAACAAGCGCAGGAAAAAAAAUCAGCUCUUGCUUGCCAUUGAGACUUUAGUUUGAAGAGGACUUGCUUUUUUGUACAAUGUACAACACGUUAAAAGUUUUACGGAGCUUAUUUAUUAGUGAUUAUAACCUUGCUCAAAAGAAAAAAAAAACAAAGUGGAAACAUUAACAGUUACUUAGUUUUCAUUUUAUUUUCUGUUUUACCGCCAGAACGGAGCUGUGUGAUUGUGUAAAAGUGUGCUUUUUUGGAACUUUUAGCAUUUCUGGCUAGAUGACUUUUACUUUGGUAUUAAAUUAUUUCUAUCUGUAGUAUGUAUAACACAACUGUUGAUGUUUGUGAUGCAUUAGAGCUUGAAUAAGCAUAAACAAAAGGAUGUAAAUACUGUACACUGAUCCGUGCUAGAUGGUUUACCAGCUGUGUAUUAACCCCUUACAGUGAACCACCAAACCCCAGCCCCCUCGCCCCCACAUUUCCUCCAGAGUGAGGACAUGCAGGAUAGUUCUAUUAUUUUCUUUAUUUAAGUAAAAUGACAAACACAGGCAUAACUACAUCUCAGCUGUUAUUUUUUUUUAGAAAUUAUUCUUUGUUUUUUGGAUGUUUAUUGUAUUGUGGUUUUUCACUUUCAUUUUAGUUUUUAUUUUCCUCUUUUUUCUUGUUGCUAUAGACUACAGAGCUUCAACUACCAUCAUUGUUACACAAGAAAGUACCAAGAAAGGUCCAUAUACUUACAAGUUUCGACAUAUAACUGAGAAAUAAAUUAAAAUAUAUGGAGGAAAAGUCUACUUCUAGAAGUAAAGAAGAAAUGAUUUUUUAAAAAACGAGCUGGGUUUCCACAUUGCUGCUACUUCUAGCAUCUUCCUUUGACAUCAGAUUCAAAAGGCGUGUACAUACUGUCAAAUGUGGAACAAUGAAUUCCAACCCAACAAAUGUACAUAAAUGUUGCUCAAAAGACAAGGUCCAUCUCGGCUAGGGGACAAACGAUAGUGUUUUUAUAAAUAGAAAUAUAUAUUAGGUUUGAAAACCGUUGGACUGUUACAUGCACUUUCUUGGAAAGUUGGAAAAUCUUUAAGGGUCCAGUUUCUCUACAGUUUAAUACCUACUAACAACUACAAUACUGUAAUUCUUUAUUCUAAUAAUCAAAUACAUCUGUUUUCCAAAAGAAA